GAUGGCACGACUAUUGUUUCUGAUUAUUCUCUAUGCUCUUCCGUCUCUUGUUGUGCCCAUACAUAAUUCAUCAGCUGGAGGCUGUGCCAUCAUCCGGCCUCCAAGGGAUGGGGGGAUCCGCUACAGAGGCCUGACACAAGAACAGAUCCGUAGUGUGCAGAUCCUUCCUGUGGAUUAUGAGAUCGAGUACAUCUGCAGAGGAAACCGGGUGAUCGUGGGACCAAAGGUCAGGAAGUGCUUACCCAACGGCACAUGGACGGACAUGACGCAGCACAGCAGAUGCUUGCUGCUGUGCCCGAGAGUGUGGACAUCUCUGGAGAAUGGCCGGGUGGCAGUGAAACCUCCCGGACCACCAGUGGAAGGGACAGUGCUCCAUUACAGCUGCCACGCCGGCUUCAUCCUGGAGGGCAGAAACAUCAGCCAUUGCACUAAGCUGGGCAAGUGGGAUGCACCUAAACCCACCUGCCUCUAUGACAGAAACUACACAGGCAAGAAGAAGCUGUACAUCGGAGCGCUGUUCCCCAUGAGCGGAGGCUGGCCGGGCGGUCAGGCGUGUAUGCCCUCCGCUCAGAUGGCCCUGGACCUGGUGAACAACAGGAGCGACAUCCUGCCUGACUACGAGCUGGAGCUCAUCCACUACGACAGCAUGUGUGACCCAGGAGAAGCCACCAAGCUGCUGUACGACCUUCUGUACACAGAGCCCAUCAAGAUUGUCCUGAUGCCCGGCUGCAGCGGCGUCUCCACACUGGUGGCUGAAGCUGCUCGCAUGUGGAACCUCAUAGUGCUGUCCUAUGGCUCCAGCUCACCAGCUUUAUCCAACCGUCAGCGUUUCCCCACCUUCUUCCGCACGCACCCGUCGGCCACCCUCCACAACCCCACCAGGGUGCAGCUUUUCCAGAAGUGGAAGUGGACUCGCAUCGCCACCAUCCAGCAGACCACUGAAGUCUUUACCUCAACUCUGGACGAUCUGGAGCAGAGGGUGAAGGAGGCAGGCAUCGAGAUCAGUGUUCGCCAGAGUUUCCUCACCGACCCGGCUGUUGCUGUCAAGAACCUCAAGCGCCAGGAUGCAAGGAUCAUUGUGGGGCUCUUUUAUGAGACUGAAGCCAGGAAGGUGUUUUGUGAGGUGUUCAAGGAGAAGCUCUACGGGAAGAAGUAUGUGUGGUUCCUGAUAGGCUGGUAUGCUGACAACUGGUUCAAGAUCAAAGACCCAGCUAUCAACUGUACAGUGGAGAACAUGACGGAGGCUGUGGAGGGACAUGUGACCACUGAAAUUGUCAUGCUGAAUCCUGAGACUGUCCGUGGUGUCUCCAACAUGACAUCGCAGGAGUUUAUCGCCGCCUUGAUGUCUCGUCUGGGAGGAAAGAACCCAGAGGAGACUGGCGGGUUUCAGGAGGCUCCUCUGGCCUACGAUGCAGUGUGGGCUCUGGCCCUUGCCCUCAAUAAGACUGUCGCACCUCUGAAGGCCAAGGGCCGACGUCUGGAGGACUUCAAUUAUAACAACCAUGACAUCACCUCCGAGAUCUACAGGGCCCUUAACACAAGCUCUUUUGAAGGUGUUUCGGGCCAGGUGGUGUUUGAUGCCCAGGGUUCCAGGAUGGCAAUGACUCUCAUCGAACAACUGCAAGGAGGCAGUUACAAGAAGAUUGGUUACUAUGACAGUUCUCAAAAGAACCUCUCCUGGUUUGGAAAUGAUGUUUGGAUAGGUGCUGGACCUCCGGCUGAUCGGACAGUGGUUAUUGAAGAGUACAGAUUCUUGUCUCAAAAGCUGUUUGCGGCUGUGUCCGUCUUUGCUGGCCUUGGUAUCCUGCUCGGCAUUGUCUGUCUGACCUUCAACAUCUACAAUGGCAACGUCCGCUACAUCCAGAACUCUCAGCCCUACCUGAACAACAUGACAGCAGUGGGCUGCAUGAUGGCUCUAGCUGCAGUCUUCCCGCUGGGGAUCGAUGGCCACCACGUCCACAGAUCACAGUUCCCCGUUGUCUGCCAGUUCCGCCUGUGGCUCCUCGGCCUCGGCUUCAGCCUGGCCUACGGCAGCAUGUUCACCAAGAUUUGGUGGGUCCACACCCUCUUCACAAAGAAGGACGAAAAGAAGGAGAAGAAGAAGCAACACUUGGAGCCAUGGAAACUCUACGCAACGGUCGGGGUGCUGCUGGCUAUCGACUUCCUGUCACUCAUGAUUUGGCAGAUUGUGGAUCCUCUGCACAUUACGGUCGAGAAGUUCACUAAGGAGGCCCCUAAAGAAGAUUUGGAUGUCCUGAUUCAGCCCUUGUUGGAACACUGCAGCUCAGAGAAGAUGAACACAUGGCUCGGUGUGGUUUAUGGCUACAAGGGUCUGCUGCUGCUGCUGGGCAUAUUUCUGGCUUACGAGACCAAGUCUGUCUCCACAGAAAAGAUCAAUGACCAUCGCGCCGUGGGGAUGGCUAUUUACAACGUUGCUGUGCUGUGCCUGAUCACGGCUCCAGUGACUAUGAUCCUGUCUUCGCAGCAGGACGCCUCCUUUGCCUUUGCUUCUCUGGCAAUAGUCUUCUCUGCCUACAUCACUCUGGUGGUGCUUUUUGUACCCAAGAUGCGGCGUCUCAUCACCCGCGGUGAGUGGCAGUCGGAGCAGCAGGACACUCUGAAGACCGGCUCGUCCACCAACAACAACGACGAGGAGAAAUCCAGGCAGCUUGAGAGGGAGAACAGGGAGCUGCAAAAGAUCAUCCAAGAGAAAGAAGAGAGAGUAUCGGCGCUCCGCAACCAGCUGGCAGAGCGACAGGCUCUACGUAACCGCCGCCGACCCUCCACAGGCCAGAAUCAGAACCACAAUGCCCCGCCGCCCUCAUCCCAGCCAGAUCCCAAGUCUCUCCUUCCCCCGCCCGGCUACCCGAACCCCACCACGGACAAUCACUCCCUCCCACCCUCCUUUUCCAACUCUUCCAACCUCUACCCAGCAGACAGCAAGAUGAGCCGCAACCACUGUCACAACAGCCAGAUCCCACUGCUGUAUAAAUAGGCGAGGCACGGGGGGGCAGUCACACAGUGCACAUGGGGGACACAAAACACAAGGAGACACUGUGACUUUCACUUGUUUGGGCGAUGAGCACAGCAGUGUGGUGACACUUUUAAAAUUCGGCGCGGAAGCACAACUAAGAACACAUGAGUGCUUUACACUUGGCAGCUUCAGGGGAGAGUCACGCAGGUAACACCCGUCCUCACAGUUUUGAUCUCACUGUGUUCAACUCAGCAACAAGGCACUUGUGACUGGUCGACGCAGCGACAAGCACAUUUCCAGACUAGCGGCACUCAAGGUCCUUUUCAAAGGUCAAGUGAAUGGAUAGAUCUCUUUAUCAUUCCUCUCCCUCAUUCGUUAUCUUGUUCUGUUGUGGAGACACUGCAUCAAGGAUCUUAAAAGGAAACAUUUGUGUUUGUGUCUUUGCUAUAUCGUCUCCACCUUUUGUCUUUCGAGUUUGUUGACUAGACAAGCACAUACAGUAGUGAUUUAUAUUGUUCUGUAAUAUCUGAUCUGUUUUGUCAUGGAGUUGUUGUUCAAUUAUUUGUUUACUUUUCCAGAAAGUUGUGAAAAAUUUACAAAGGGACAAAGCAAUGUACAGUUUUUUUCCAGUGUUUCAUUGGAGGAGAGGCUGAGUUCGGCUGUGUGGAAUACUGGUUUCACUGAAAAGUGAUAAUGUGCAUUAUUAAAUAGCCAUAAUUUAGAGGGGCCAUGGAGCUUGGCAUGUGCGGAUAUCUGUUGUCAAGACUGUGUAUUCAAAUACAGCAUCUUACAAACCCAGUCCUUUGCUGAUGUAUGAAUAUUAGACCCAUUUUAAAUGAGAAAAUAUCAAAGCUUGCUGAUGUGUAAGGACAAUUUUGAUAGUUUUGCCAUUUGAAAUAAUGUUUUACAAUGUUUUUGUUUUUUUUAGAUUUGUGUUGUAUCUCUUUAGCAGUACAGGACAGAGGCAGCCAUCAAGUGAGUCCCACAGCCACUGCAGCUGAUUGUUAUUUAUUGUGGGCAAUAACAGAGAGGGAAUCCAAAACUAGGAAACUCCAAAUUCCAGCUAACCAGUAGACUGUUCCUCCUGAAAAUGAAAGCCAGUUUUUACUGCUCCAGUGCAGUGAGAUGUGGGGCUUCUACAAUGGCUGUUUCUGUAGAUAUUCAGAGAAAGUACAGUUUUUCUACAUGUGUAUCUGUUACAUGUCAUUAUUGUGAGCCUUUUUUAUUUUAAAAGGAUGAGUUUUUUUAUGUUUUCACAUAACAGACAAUCUGGAUGGAUGAUCUUUUUUUUGUACUUUUCUUUCUCAUUUUGCCUUUGAAUAACUGUAAAUGUAUCAAAGAAGGAUAUAAGUAAUGUGACAUAUUGUAUUUAUUCAACAGUUAAUCUGGAUGUACUAUUUCAUUCAUGAGCUAUUUCCAGAUUUUAUAAAGCAAUGAUACCUGAACAGCUUUAUCAGCAGGUAAAACAAUACUUUCUCAAAUGUUUUUAAAUAUAUAUAUAUACUUCAGUGUGCACUUUAAACUGGACAAACUAUGGUUAUUCCACUUUAUGUUGCUGUUAUUCUAAUACAUUUUAGCUCAGGGUAUGGAGAAGGACAGUCAUAAAUGAAUGAAAUAGGCCAUAUUUAUUAACUGUGCAGUUCAUGGAUCAGAUAGUGUAACAUAUGAAUGCAGAAAUAAUUUAGAAAAUGUUCUAUUAUCUUGCACAUAUAUGACAAUAUACAUGGAUUUGGGGAUAUUUGUAUUCACUAUAUCUAAGAUCUUAGAUGUUAAUAUAUUUCAGAGUAUGUGUAUGCAGAUAUAUGGAUACCAUGAAUAAAAUAAUUGUUUUUUCA